ACUACUCAGUACCAGGGUCGCCCUGCGCAGUGGUUUGUGGGUUGUUUACAGAAGAAAGAUGGCGGACCCGAUGAUGUCGGUGGGUGUAGCAGACGUCGUGGCCGCGCUCGUCCUAGGCUGUUUCUGUCUUAUAUGGUUCACCCACAUCAUAGCACUUAUCUAUGGGAGAUACAAGUUGCACCGCCCCCCUCCCCCAGCCUUCCUUAUGAAGACAGAGGUUCCAGGUGUUUCUAUCCUAAAACCUCUCACAGGUGUGGAUCCCAACCUCAGGAGCAACUUAGAAACCUUUUUUAAAUUAGAUUAUCCACAGUUUGAGAUUUUAUUUUGUGUGCAAGACAACGGAGAUCCAGUUCUCGACCUACUGCAGCAGCUAAAGAAGGAGUUUCCCUCCGUGCCCUGUCAGAUAUUUGUUGGAGGGGAGCGUGUUGGCAUCAACCCCAAGAUCAACAACUUGAUGCCAGGCUAUCGAGCGUCACAGUUCCCGCUGAUCUGGGUGUGUGACAGCGGGAUCAGAGUGAGUAGAGACACGCUGACAGACAUGGCGGGGCACAUGACAGACAACAUCGGAGUGGUGCAUCAGAUGCCGUAUGUGUGUGACAGGAAAGGGUUCUCCAGCCUGUUGGAGAAGGUGUAUUUCGGCACUGCGCACGCCAGAAUGUACAUCUCUGCUAACGUGCUGGGCAUCCUGUGUGUGACCGGCAUGUCCAGUCUCUGGAGUAAAAAAGUCAUUGACGAUGCCGGAGGCCUGGAGGUCUUCUCUCAGUACCUGGCUGAAGACUACUUCAUGGCCAAGGCAGUGGUAGAUAGGGGUCUGAAGGCAUCCAUGAGUAACCAGGUUGCCCAGCAGAACUGUGGGACGUACUCCAUCCGAGCCUUCAGCUCCAGAAUGAGCAGGUGGACGCAGCUGCGAGUGACGAUGAUCCCGUUCCUGGCUAUGUGGGAGCCGAUGACGGAGUGUUUCCUGCUGGGUCUGAUCUGCAGCUGGGCCUUCAACCAUCUCUUCAUCUGGGACCCGGUCACCUUCUUCAUCUUCCACAUCACUGCCUGGAUGAUCUCUGACUACCUGCAGUUCAGAACCUGUCAGAUGAUGGGCGCCUCGUCUGUCAACAAAUUCGAGUUCCUGAUCGCCUGGCUGCUGCGGGAAACGCUGACCUACUGGUGGUUUUUACGCGGUGCGACGUCUCGCAGCAUCAAAUGGAAGACUGGCAAGUUCCGGUUAAGAUGCGGCGGAACUGCAGAGGAAGUAUGAUAAGGACUAUUUUUGUAUUGGGUUAAACAUCUCUUAGGUAGAUACAGACUUAGUAUUCAUGUGUAAAACUGUGUGCAGGAGAAGCGUGUGUAGAAACACUACAGAUAUUAUGGUACACUAAGCCAGUAGUACAUGUGGUGCUCUUCUCUUAGUAAUAAAGUUAAGAUAUUGCUGCCAAGACUCCUUGAUGCCCGUAUGUGUACAAAUGCAGAUUCUGAAGUUACUUAUUUUCAUGUAUGGCACUGUACAAAGUAGUCUGCAGUAUAGAACCAACUCUCGGAGCAUGUCAGAGCUCACUAGUUAGGCUGCUUGGUACUCCGCAGGAAAGUCCAGGUCUAUGUAUGUACUUAAGUAUGUAUUUCAUUGUAUGACAUUUCCAAAACAAACUCAGAUAUCCCCCACCCAGACAAAACAAUAAAACUCCACAUUUGCUGACUGGAAACAAUCAUCCUAAAUUAUAAGGUGUAUUUAAGAGACAUUAUGAUAGCAAAAGAAUAUUAGACCUUUGCUCUGAAAGGGGUUUGAAUAUUGAUUAUAACAUUAACAGCCAUGGCAAUCAUCUUUUCAUUUGUUUCAUUUUGAUCCCCUCUUCCCAACUAACAGUAACUUCUAGCAGCAGUUUGGUACUCCUCCCACUACUGCUUUGGCUUCUUACCUUCUGUAGUUGCCAGAAAUUCUUGUAUUCUGCAAACUGAUUUACUUGAAAUGCUAAAAUUACAUGAGGAAACUUUCUGAUGAUAUGGAUCAUGCAUAUCUUUCUGUAGUUUUUGCACAUGGAAAAACACGCAGGCAUCUAUGACCUACACUGGCUUUGUCAUGUGGUAUAUUUUCUUGCCAUUGCUGUUGUUGUUGCAUAUUAACUAUAUGUAGACUCAUGUUCAGAUUCAGGUGCAGAAGUUCAGGUUCGGACUUAUAAGUCCAGACCUGAACACAUGGCAUAUGUGUGCUACUAGAAAUACUAUGAGUGCAGAGAUUUUUGCGGUUGUUUAAUGAUAUUUUGCAAGUUUUGCAGCAACGUCCGCACCACAAACUUUGAACUGCCACAAAGAUUUUUGUUGCUUCUUCUGCCCUCACAGUUGCAUACCCUUUUGUCUAAGGACUGUACAUGUAUACUGUAGUGUAUUAUGAUGUAUCAAUUAAAUGUUAAUAACCCACCCAAGGGCAGGCUGUAUAUGGUGUCAUACAGCCUAGUUAUUUGCUCUAACCACCAAAAAAGCCACCGAGUGAGCGAGGUUUGGGGUCGUCCACUAUAGCUUGGUUUCUAACUGGCUGUCCAUAAAGGUGCCAGUGUUUGCAUUGUGUGACUGUACGAAAUGUAGCUCUACUGUAACUGUUUUAACCACAAACUUAAAAACACCAUGGACCCCCCCCCCCCCCAUUUUCUCCAAACUGCAAAAUUAAAUUCUCACAAACUUUAAUGCAUGUACAAUCUUUUUUUUUUUUGUUUCAUGUGUAAAAUGUCAUAUUGGCUUAAAAUUUACAUGCAAUUGGGGAAAAAUGCAGAAGCAGCAAGGUUUUUCUAUUUUUCCAGGGCAAAUUUCCCAAUCUAUGGAGGUUUUAAGAUGGUUUAAAACAAAAAGGAGAAUACACAUUGUAUAAGCCAGAAACAUUUUUUUGUGAGUUCAGAGAUGUUUGAACUUUCCUGAAUUCCAAAAGAUAUGAGAUGUCAUCAUAUGUAACCAAACUGUUCAAGGUUCACUCAUAGACUUAUCAAAUGCAAAUUUGAAUCUAAAUUUACAUCAUAGGAAUCAACAAUUAGUGUUAUCUGUGGAUUUUUGUUCCUCUUUGAUCUUACAAGCUAAUACUGGAAAACACUGCCAAGCUGAGGUAUCUUAUGGUCAGGGCUUUGAAACUAACAGUCAUGUCAUGAACAUUGACAUAAACACUUUCAUACAGAGAGAAGAGUCGGAUAAAAAUUGGAUAAAAGUUCAAAACUUUUCUUCCCUGCAGUACAAUUAUUGUAAUCUAAUUUUACAGUAACCAGAAUUUUUAGUUACUACCCAAAAAUUAUUGUUUUCGUUUUCAGUGGGUUUUUUUCUUCAAGUUUAUGGUAAGAGUCAGCAUGUUAUAUACUUGGCAUGCCUCUUGUACAUGUACAUUGUAUGUAACAUUUCAAUAAUAAAGAACUUACAUGUACAGGACAACACAUAUUUAUUGUAUUUUAAGGUAUAUAUUUUGCUGCUAAGUUUUAUGCUCUUUGAAAUCAGAGGAUUUCGACAUUGUUACAUUUUCGAGGGGCAAGACAAGGGAUAGCUUACAGUAUCUCCUGAAAAGUCAAGGGAGGUUUCAAUAGUAAAAUUGAAAGGUUGUUUCCUUCCAUGGUUUUGUGUACUGUACUAUGUUUCUAUUUAUAAUAGCAGUAUUGUCCUAAACGUGUUAUAUGGGUGUACAUUGGUAUCAGUCUGUAUCUUAAGUAUGUGUAGUGUUGUUAAUUUCUCUGUCUUUAUAGUAGGCUUGCAGACAUGGUUUUAAGGAUGACAUCCAUGUGAACUGAGAUCUCCUUCGACAGAUUUUGGUUUAAGGAAGUUAUACCCCUUUGGAACAACAAGGAAAUAUAAAUCAUGAAAUUGUGACAUACAUAAAUCAUGAAAAAAUCCUGUUCUUUGUUUUCAUCUACUUUUACAACAUUUGGAUUUUUACAGACUUUGUGAUUUCAAAAUUUAUGCAUCUUUUUUUCUCAUUUUUUAUUUGUAGCACUGUUGCAUUUUUGGAUAUCCAAAGGAUGUCAUCCAAAGAAACAUGUUAGCAAGGCCAAAAGUUACCACCAAAAUAUGUUUAGGAAAUUAAAGAGCUAAGGCAAUGUUGAUUCAACUUAUAUGGAUGACAUCUGCGUGCGCAACAACACCAUACUUAUGUGUUUAGUCAUCUGUUGGACCUUCCUGACCACUUAAUUAGGUUUAGUAAUGAAGGCAACGUUUUUGGGCCAAAUUUUUUUUUAUUCGCAAGCUUGCAUCCGUUUUGGGGUUCCAGAGGAUGUCAUCCAUAUAAUGGAAUAGACAUGGCCAAAGCGCAAUCUCUGUUACUGUGUUACACACAUCUGUACAUUAAUCCAUCCUGGUGUGGGCAGUCUUUUGCAGUCAUUGUGGCAGAUAUUGGAAAUAUCUUUUGUUGAACUGAAUAUUCAAAGUGUGCCUAGCAUGUAUACUAUCGUGUUUAUGUUACAAGCCUACUCGUUUGUUUACUGGACAGUUAAGUUUAUUUCCAGUCAUUUCCAUGGAUGGACACCAGGAUUAUGAUUUUGUAAUGACCUAGUUGAAUUUCAAUGAAAUGAAAGUAUUAAAUCCUGCGUGCCCAUCACUCUUGUCAUUAACAGACAAAAACAUCUAUCAAAUCUGGAAAACAUACUGGUGUUUUUGUCCAGGAUAUAAUGGAGAUUUUGCGACCAAUGCCUGUCUGAAAAACAUGUAGUAUAUUGAACAUGUACAGUGUUAAUAUUGUUGGUACCAAAGUGCUCUUGUGUUUUUGUGAAAGCUGUCCUGCCAAUGAGUGAAUAAAAGCCUUGCUGAGGCCUGCCCCCCUCCCCAAGAUGGUGGACAAAUAACCACCUCAGCAGGAAUGGCAGGUGCAUUUUACUGGUAACGAAGCUUAAUUUGUCUGCUUAAUGUCUUCAUUUCCUGAGAGUUUGGGACAUUACAGUUUUCAACUUAAGAAUGUGAGAUUACAUGAAGAUGGAUAUGAUAGAAGGCAUUAAAAAUGCAGAUUGUAAUAAAACUACAGAUUAGUAACUGUUCAGGAAUGACAUGGAGGCGGUAUGAAAAAUAACUCCAAACCUGGAAUCAGAACCAGUGUAAUUUUUUCAUGUACUUGCAUAUAUUUGAAGGAGCCACAAUUUGGACAUGUUUUGUGUGGGUUACAUUUUGUCCACUGAUGUACUUAGGUACAAUGUAUUUGUACUAUAUCUUUUGUGAUAGGUAAGUUCUGUGUUGUGCUAUUGUAUAUCAUUCACAUGAUUUUAGAUCAAUUAUAGGCAUAUUUGUGUAUUUUUGAUUACUCAGGAAUCAUUGAUCUGUACAUUUGUGGAGUGAUUUUGAUGAUUUGUGCAUAUUUAUUUUGAUUGAAGCUGAUACAGUAGUACUCGUGGGUAGUCAUGCUGCUCUGUUUGUAUAGUUCUAUUAAAAAUGUUACAUUUCU